CACGCAAGGCCACGCUUCCGAUUCCACACGGCAGGCGUUUCCUCCAUCUCUCUCUCUGCCAGAUCCUCAACCCGCCGCACACCUCCUCCGUCCACUGCCCCCGCCGCCUCUCCUCCCUCGCCCGGGUGGGGUGGUGUGGAGAUCCACCCGUAGGUUUUAGAGGACAGAGUCUGAUAUGGCUGCCCUGCCAUUGGCCACCGCUGAAGUAUGCGAUGCUAAUCCUCAUUUAAUCAUGAAUGGCGAGCUUCGUGCCCUCCAGCCCAUCUUCCAAAUCUACGGAAGGCGGCAGGUUUUUGCUGGCCCAAUUGUGACACUGAAAGUUUAUGAGGACAAUGUUCUGGUCCGUGAAUUCCUUGAGGAGAAAGGUCAUGGCAGAGUUCUGGUUGUUGAUGGUGGUGGGAGCAUGCGCUGCGCCAUUCUGGGUGGCAACCCUGUCCAGCAGGCGCAAAACAAUGGGUGGGCCGGCAUUGUGGUCAAUGGCUGCAUCAGGGAUGCUGAUGAGAUCAACGGCUGCGACAUUGGUGUCCGAGCUCUGAACUCGCACCCUAUGAAGGCAAACAAGAAGGGCAUUGGUGAGAAGCAUGUCUCUGUGAACAUUGCAGGGACCAGAAUUUGUGACGGCGAGUGGCUCUAUGCUGAUACGGAUGGCAUUCUUGUGUCAAGGAUGGAAUUGACCGUGUAGACCUGUUUCCUCUCUGCAUGUGUGUAUAAGAAUUGGGCCCAUAAAUUGGGGGUACUGCUCCUGCCCUCACGGUGUUAUGUCUGAACUUGUAAUAAUGUAUUCUUGUAUAAUCACAUGAUUGCUGAGAAUAAUUGGAUGCUUCCACGGUUUGUUAGUGUUCUGGUUAA